UUUAUUAAAUGAAUGAAUGACAUAUUAUUUUGAUUAAUUGCAUAUCUAUUUUAAAUAAUGGUUGAUGUCGAUGUGACAAAAAGACUUUCGAUUAAAAAACAGACUUUGGAUGAUGCAUAUGCGGCCCCAGCUAACUUUUUAGAAAUCGACAUAAUAAAUCCUAUUACUAGAGGUGAAGGGAGAACAAAAUAUACUGAUUAUGAAGUUCGAAUGAGGACAAAUCUUCCAAUUUUUAAAAUAAAAGAAUCAAGUGUUAGACGAAGAUAUAGUGAUUUUGAAUGGCUUCGAAAUGAAUUAGAGAGAGACAGUAAAAUUGUAGUUCCAUUACUCCCAGGGAAAGCAUUAAAAAAACAAUUGCCUUUUAGAUCAGAUGAAGGUAUUUUUGAGGACAACUUUAUUGAUGAUAGACGGAAAGGAUUGGAAAUAUUUAUUAAUAAAAUUGCUGGCCACCCUCUUGCUCAAAAUGAAAAAUGCUUACAUAUGUUUUUACAAGACUCUAUUAUUGAUCGGAACUAUAUUCCAGGAAAAAUAAGGAAUCAUUAAAAUUCUAUUUAUAUAACUUGUGUGCUAUAUGAUUUUAUCAUUAACUUUGACCAAUUUCAAUUAUUUUCAUAUUAAUAUAAUUUUAUAAAACAAUCUGAUCAAUUAUAUU